CUCUCCUCACUGACCGCUAGCUCAGUGUGAUCAACCCCGACGUCAAAGAUUAUGAGUGAACGGCCUGCGGGCGACGACGCAAUGGCGGCGGCGGCGGCUGCCAUGGAGGCGUUGCUCAACGGCGCUGGCACUUCCAAUCCACUCUCUUCUGCCAUCGCGGCACAGACGGCUGCAGCCGCGCGCGAGCCGACCAAGACCAUCGAGCUCGCCAACAUCAUCUUCACUCUCCUCACAUCAACCCUCUCUGCCGAUGUCGUUACUGGCGUUAUCAAGGAGGCCUUGGAGAGCCUUGGCGGUGACGAGGAGAGGAUAGAGGUGCUUGCCACAGCCGUCCUCGAAACCGCCGAUGCAAUCAAGCUCAUCAGAGAAGAUGUCGACGACCUCGUCCCGAAUGACCCGGGCGCAAUCGACAGCGAGAGCUCGGAGAAGUGCUCAAAGGUUCUUGCCAGCCUUGUGCAAAGUGGUGUGCUUCCACAGCACCUCGCGAAUCUCAUCCUUACUCCUUCCAACCUUAUCCCCCUCCGUCUUCACCCAACCCCACGCAAUGUCGACAUGUUCCGUCGCGGUCUCGCGCGGUUGCAUACCAGUGUACACUAUAAACAGCAUACGACCAACCUCCUCCGCGAAAACAGCGAAGGUUGGUCACGCCUCAUUGUCCUCCUCACUGGCCCGGCUGCGCUUCGCACCGAACCCGAGAGCGAUGAACAGCGUGCGGAGCGCGCCCGGCGGGUCUGGGCGAGCGCGCGCGAGCUUAUUGGCUUCUUUUCCCUCGCACCUGUCCGCGUGUACGACGUCCUUCUCGAGGUCGCCUCGUUGCACCUUGAAAAUCACUGGCGCUUCUUCUUGGAUGUCUUCCGCGAGGCCGGCCUCGGUCCGAAGGAUGCACCUGCGCCUCACCGUCUGGACGAGGAUGUUGCUACACAAACCGAGCGCAUCAGGCAUGCGCUUGACGUUAGCCCCGACGACGACACAAUGCUUUCGCGCACGCUCGCAUUCCGCUUGCGAUGGUACCGAUACCGGAGGAAGGAGAUUGGCGACGCUCCGAUCGGGCUCCUGUUCCUCACAGCACUUCUUAUCAAGUACGGCUUCGUCAAACCCGGUCAUAUCCUGCCUGCCUUGAGUCCGAGUGACGAAGAGAUGCCCAACCACGAAAUGCGUUUUGGGGACGCUAUGCGCUCCAAAUCAAGCACAAGGAAUGCUCUUACCGACACUGUCCUCGUGGACGACACAUUGCCUGCUGCAGGCUCGGACGCGCUCAGCGCGCCUACCGAGGUCAAAGAGAAGGAGGAUGAGACGGACGAGAAGAUGCUGCUCCUCCAGGCGUUGUUGGCAGUCGGCGAGUCUAACUUCUCCCUCUACCUUCUUGGGCAGUACCCCUGGGUUGUCAGUGCGUACCCUGCUGUUGCGGAUGUCAUCAUUCGCAAACUCAACUACAACAUCAGCGACCUGAGCGCUCGGCUGGUGCCGACCACUGGGUUCGGGGAUGACAUCGACUUGACACCGAACACCCGGGAAGUCGUCAACACAAUGUUUGUCCCCACUCCGCCCUCCACUCCGUCGACCGAGUUCCGCUUCUUCUACGACAGGUGGACCGAAGGCCUGGAAGUCUGGGCUGAGCCUGAGGAAAUACACACAAAGGGCGAGCGGUGGUUCUCGCUAUUGAAGGGCCUGGCCGGCCGCGAUAGCGAGCUCAUGUGCCGUGUCUGUCGUAUCAUUUCCUUGCAGUUCCACAAGCUGCGCCUCACCAAGGUCAAGGAAAAGGGCUUUAACAUUGCUCAUCUUACUUACGACCAGAGGGCGGCGCUUGUGCUUACGACCAAGGAGCUCGCCCCGUGGCGCGGCCUCAUUCGCAACACGAUCCUGCCAGCGCUUAACGUUUCCGAGACCGCCAGCGCGCCGUUUGCGCUGGAGGUUUACGAGAUCUUCUGCCACUUUGACUGGCCUACGACCUCGAGCCUCUUUGGCGAGUGGCGCGAUGCGACGACAAAUAUCAAGGAUCGCAACGCCCUCCUGCCGGCUGCUCAUGCAGCCAAUCGGGCCGAUCGCGAUGUCAAGGCGGAGCUGCAGCGUGUCACCGCGAAUAAGUCAGCACCUGGCCAGUCCACUGGCGGAGCCACUGCCGAUCGCGGUCCCGCCCGUGCGCUCGCCAAGCACGGCCACGGCAAUCCCCUUGCACUCUGGACUCGUGGCAACGGCCAGGUCAUGUCAUACGGCAUUGUUGGGAACAUUGGCGAGUUCUUUAUGGAGGUCGCACGCUACUCGGGCGCUCUUAGUAAAGAGGUCGCCGUGUUCACCUGGCUCGACAUGAUCGCGUCCACCAAGGUGGCUCCCGGUGACAGCCCGGACUCGGUCUUCGUCAAGACACGGAGCAUCGAAAACUUGGCCAGUUUCAUCGGCAUUAUCAACCGCUCGUUUGUCUUUCCAUUUGAACCCAUCCUGCAUCUCAUCGCGAGCGGCAUCAAGAAUCACGAGUGGUUCGUGCUCCCUCUCAUUGAGAAGUUUCUUCCGGGCAUGACGGGCGAGGAGAUCGUCGAAAACCACGCUAUCUCUACGGCUCAACUCAAGAGCUACGCAACAGGGCCCGAGAUGACGCGCGAGUCAUUCUACGCAUCCGAGAACACUUGCAACGAGAACCGGAAGCCUAUCCGCUCAAAAGAUCUUAUUUGGGCUUCGAGAAAGAGCGCUUCCCGCCUCGUAAAGGCGCUCAUUGAUACUCGGAUGGCAGUCCCCAUUCUUGUUGGCCUCGGCCGCCUCGCGACUGAGGCGCUGAUGUACCAGCCAGGUCGCCCGAUUAAAGCUAUGAGCGACCUCAAGGACUCGACGCGGGACAUAUUCUCCUUGUGGCUGGGCUUUGUCUCAGACCGGCUCUCUGAACUCGGCUGUGCGGACCAAAUCCCGAGCUUGAGGGAAUUGCAGGGUGACGGGAACAUCGACGAGCAGAUGUGCUGGGCUAUCCUGCGCCCCAAGCUUCGUUCGGCUCUUGCCAAGCACCACGCGGAGAGCAGUCACGCGAACGGCAAUGUCAUUGGGAAUGGCAUGGACGUUGACUCCGAGUCUGGCUGGUGGCCAGCUGCCCUCAACGAGACAGUGGAACAUGCCGCCUCCUUCCUGGACCCCGGGGCGCGGAUCAGGCUGGGGCCCGGUUUCUUGGUCCGCUUCAACUCGCUGCGCAUCUCGGACAUUGCCUUCAAUGAAGACGCGUACAAGUCGGCGCUCACAAACAUUGACAAGAUCAUCCGCGAGCUCAAGGCCCUCGUUGCGGCGGACAAGAAUCUGAAGAACUCGCAGCCGGAGCUCGAACGUCUAAAGCGUCGCCGUGCGGAGCUAGAUGCCGAGAAGGAGACACAGAAGCAGCACGUUGAGCGCAUUCACGUCGAUCUCCGGGACGAGAGUCACCACUGGUUUGCCAAGUGCAUUGAGAUGGGCCAGGACGGGGCGCUUCCAAACCUUCUCCACGAUUAUUGCUUCUACCUCCGUGCGACUCAGACUCCGGCCGACGCUAUUUACGUUGCGCGCUUCAUUCGCCUGUUGCACGAUAUCGACGUGCCCGGAUUCUCCACUAUCCACGGCUACAACCUGUUCUUCAAGGACAGCAUGGCAUCUAAGCUUUACGAGAGCACCGAGUCUGAGGCCCGCAACCUCGGCCGUGCGCUCCUUCUAAUGCUCGAGGACCUCGACCCAUGGCACCAGAGCCAGGACAGGUACAACACCGAGGCGCUUGGGAUGACGACGACUACCGACGGCACUCCGGAGUACUCGAAGCACGGCAUGUUCUACAGGGUCAAGCCCGGUCAGCCAAAGCGCCCGAUGACCUACGACGGAUUCCGCGACCAGUUCGCCAAGAUGCACGCCGGACUCACGAACGCACUGCUGGCUUGUUGGUCUUCAGAGAGCAUCUUCUGCGCACCCAAGAAUGCCCUCCAGAUUGCCCUGCAAGUUCUGCCCUUUUUCCCGAUGAUCGACGAGCACGCCGUCAAGAUUGAGAAAGCCGUCAGCGACCUGCUGCAAAGCACAGACGGAACUGUCACCGCGGACAUGAAGCCGGCUCUCCACUCGUACAAGUCGCAGCUCAAGAAGCGGAGAAUCGACCGACCGUGUAUCAAGGAGGCUGACUUCUCCCCCGCUGGCAAGCGUAAGAAGGAUUUGCAGGCCAAAGCCGCCGCUGAGGCUCGUGCCAAGGCGGAGGAGGAAGCGCGCAAGAAGAAGGAGGAGGAAGAGCGCGCACAGGCGGAAGAGGAGGCUCGUUCCAAGUCUGCCGCUGAUGCCGAUACCAAAAUGGACGUUGAUGCGCCCGGGGAUGUGAAGCCUGAGGCUGCGGCCCCGGCCCCGGUCAGCGCACCGUCCGGAACUCCGCCGUCCUCAGACGCGGCUACUUUGCGUGCCCGGCUCGAGGCGAAGAUGGGUACACGAAACAAGAAGUUGGCCGCGGCCAACGCCGCGCCUGAGGCUGUAACCUCGCCUCUGCCACAAGCGCAGGCAGAGCCCUCCGCCCCCACCGACCGCUCUAUGGCGCCCCCGCCCGAGCCGUCGGUUGAGGACGCGCGUGCCGCGGCGCGUGCGCGUAGGUUUGGCGCGCUGGCGCCAGGCCCCGGCUCGGCACCUGGGACGCCUCGCGACGACAGCCGUGCAUCCACUCCUAGGGCGUCCUCGCCUCGCGAUCGUCGGACACGUGCCGGCACGGAUGACAGCCGUGUCUCGGAGCGGUCGAGGCGGCAGGAAGAGCGCGACCGGCGGGACCGGGGCAGGGACGGGGAACGGGAGCGUCGAGAGCGUGGCGGCCGCGACCGCGACGCAAGGCGCGAUGAGAGGGGCGACCGCACACCGCGCGACGCCCGCGACCCGCGCGAGAGGGAUCGCCGCUUGGAGCCUCGCAACGACGAGCCUGUGCGCGACCCCAGAGGAAGGGAAGAGCGGUACCGCGAAGAGCGCCGUGUAGACGAGCGCCCGCGCGCCCGCUCGAGGGAGGACCGGCGCGGGGACAGGGACGGGCGCGACGCCCGCGACCGCCGCCGCGACGAGCGGCCGCUUGAGAACAACGCUCCUGCUCCUUCUGGCGAAAACCGCAACGGCCGAGCCGAGCGCGAUGUGCGCAUGCCCCAGCGCUCACCUUUACGCACGGAGGACCGCCCUCUGUCCCGCAACGAGGAACGGCCUCCCUCUCGCAAUGAGGACCGUCCUCCCCCCCGCAAUGAUGGUAGACCUCCAUCUCGCCACGAGGACCACCCCCCUGCCCGCCACGAGGACCGCCCUCCGGCUCGCAACGAGGACCGACCUCCAUUCCGCAGUGAAGACCGGCCUUUGCCUCGCAAUGAGGACCGGCCUUUGCCACGCAACGAGGGCAGGCCUGACGACCGCGACCGCCGCAUGCGCGAUCGACGCGACCCGCGCGACCCUCGCGACCCUCGCGAUCCUCGCGAUCAGCCCAACCCGAACCACCUUCCGCCGCUUCCGCGCGACGGUCCGCCUCACCGAGGCGACCGCCGCGACAUGCGUAGUCCCGUGCGGUUUGACGACCGCCGUGACCGGAGGCCCGAUGGCGCGGAAGAGCGAAGGGACGACCGCCGGCGGAGAGAUGAGGCGCGCCGCGAGGAGCCACGCCGGGACGCCCCCCCUCGCCGUGAUGAGCCUCCUCAGCUCCAGGAGAGAGAUGGUGACAGGACACCGCGCACGCGCGACACGCCUAAGGAACCCAGAGGAGCCGCUCCAGGCCCCGCUGGCACCCGCUCGCCGCCAAAGGAGGACCGCCCCGCCGGCAACCGCUCUCCGCGUAAGGAUGCCCUACCUGAGCGCCCUCCGCCCAGUGAGGCACCACGUGUCGAUCGCUCUGCGCCUUUCGCCCGGGCAUCGCCGCCUCGCCAGGCCGAGCCUGCGUCGUCUGCACCAUCGCAGUCUGCCGGGGGACGUCGCGACCCUCCUACUGGGCCGUCAAGCUUGCCUAACAGACCCCGCGGCGCACCCUUGCCUGACAGGGAGAGGCGGCCAGAGCCAGCUCCCGCUGAACCGCCGCGUUUACCCGUGAAAGCUCCGGCGCCGCUUCCGCUGCCUCCUCGUGAGCAAACGCAGGCCCCGUCUCGUGAUGCUCCGCCUGCUGGGCGCGAGCCUUCUGCGCCCCAUCCCCGGGAGCUGAGGCGCAAUCAUUCCGACCGUGGUCGUGACUUGGGUGGUCGUGGAAAUGGCGGACCUGGCGGGCAGGGCGGCCAGAGAGAGCUGAUGCCGCCAACGCAGGCCGGCAGCUCGCUUAUGGCGCGCAUGGGCUUGUCGUCGGCGUCCGCUCCCGUGCAGGAGAAAGAGAGCCGCAAGCGUCCGUUAGACUCGGACGGUGCGCCCAGCUCGCGCGAGGGAUCGCCAGGUCACAAGCGACGGAGCCGUCAUGGAGGGGGCCGCGAACGCCAGGGCGCCGCCAACCGGCUGUUCAGUGGUGCGAUGCAAGCAGCAAGUAAGAAGUAGAAGGGCCGCGAGUGUGCGGAUCAGUAGACUAGCAUUAUUGCAAAGCAUGUACGUUUAUGUCUCUUGUUUC